UACUCCGGUGGUCUGCAUCCUCGGAUGGCCAACUCCUCUGGCGGUACUGUCGAUCAUGCUCAACAAGCUCCAGCGGAGGACGAACAGUUUAUCACGACGUUCUUUUGUAGAGCACUGUACGACUACGAAGCUCAGGAUGCUUCAGCCCUAUCCUUCCGACGGAACGAUGUCAUCGAGGUCCUGACGAGGCUCGACUCCGGCUGGUGGGACGGCUUGCUUGGCGAGGAGAGGGGAUGGUUUCCUUCAAACUACGUGACCGUUAUCUCGGAUCAAGAGGCGGAGGCUGCCCUGUCUGGCUCAGAGGCUGCCCCUGCAGCGAACAGUUCCCAGGUAGAUGCCUCCUCUGUCGUGGAUAUGGCACAUAGUCUUUCCAGGGGUCAGCCUCAAUCGGACAGCGAAUGGUUAGAUGGAGACACGGAGCUCGCGAGCGCACGGGACGCUAUGCGGGAACUCGCAUCGUCAGCUAUGGCAAGUGGGACAGCCUCCAGUGAUUUUUGGGUACCCGAGGUUACGCCUGAUGGCCAAAUUUAUUAUGUCAACACCCAAACCGGAGAGCGUUCUAGAGACUUGCCCCCUGAGGAUGAGGGCAGUAGGGCUGCGAACGACCUCAAUACCAUCGCAUCACCAUCGAGCUCGCGUUCCGGGACAAGCGCGGGAGCAAGCAGAAAUGGGAUAGCUGGUAAUGCACCAUCUGAUAUUGUCAGACCGGUGCAGGAGGCCUCAAGACCAGCCGGAUUUGGCGUAAGCAAACGAACUGGUACGCCCGAGCCUUGGGUUCGGCGACUGGCAGACGACGGGAUGUCGUAUUACUAUUACAACAAGGUGACCGGGCAAUGGCGGUGGACGCUGCCAAAUGCAGACUCUGGUACUAGCGACGAUGAGCUCGCUCGCGACUUGGGCUACGACGACGUUCCUGGUAAUCGCGACACCAUCGUCGCACCAGGUGGUCGCCUGCGUUCAGAGUCAUCGGUCUCCCGAACCCAGAGCAGCAGCGGUACUGGUGACCGUAUGAGCGUCUACUCAGACGAUUCAGACGUGCACCCUCGGGAGGGCGGGCGGUCAAUCGCGUCCAGCACACAGCGCUCAAGGUCGACAAACGGGUACACCAGCGCCAACGGGCAUAAAGCCCGAUCAAUGGAGCAGAAUAGCGCACUGGAGCUGACUUCCGCGGAGCGACUAGCACAGACUUUGCAACAGGCUCUUGAGCCCUACCCUCCAGAGUCUGUCACCGAUCUAUCCGCUAUAGCUCGCGAGGCUAUCGCAGCUGUAGGGGAUAGCAUACGGCUCGACGGCAUCACGCGACUUCGGGAACAGGAUGACGUCCUUGAUAGGCGUGUUCUGAAUACUGUUCUUUCCAUCCGUAAUCUCCUCUACGUGUCGACACCCCCAUUCGGUCAGGUCCCACAAGCCGCCCUUCCACCCAGUGCUCGCGACUACAAGUUCAACACCACCGCUCAGGCCUUGCAGAGUCAUCUAAAGCCAGCACAGCGGAAGGUGACAGCGACGUUAUCCAAAUUAGUUCUCUCAGCGCGUGCUAUGCAGUACGAUUCCGGCUCAUCUACCAACGAGACGCCCAAUCGUAUAGAAACUGAUGUAGCAGAACUAGAGCGCGCCAUCGUUUCGUUCGUAACUGAAGUGCAAAAAUACCAUAAUCAAAUGUCACUUCAGGAACGCCAGGUAAAAUUUCCAACAAAGCGGCUACACGGGGUGUUUUCGACAGAAAACAUAGGUCCUGGACUUCCCGGAGCCGGUUCAGCUGGCAGCUGGAAGGGGUUUGGAUUUAUUGCCACGGAUAAUAGAGAGAAGAUUCCGUCCAAGGUUUUGUCCGCGGAGGCUGUUGCGGAUGUCCGAGACCUGGAGCUUCGUGUUCACGAGCAGAUCCGGGUCUUGAUGACUUCAUUGCGGGAUUCCACCAUGACGGCUGCCGUUGCUCCAGUUGCAUCUAGUUGUCAAGCCAUCGUAACGCACCUGUCGGCAUUCCUCAGGUAUGUGGGGGACAUUUCCGUGAAGCGACAUGUGGAUGUACAGGGCAUCCAUGGUGCGUCUACGCUUCCCGCGCAGGAACAGGCGUACCUUCAAGCUGUGGACAAGGCUCGUUUACUUCUGCGUACUCUCGAGGCGGCAGCUCAGGCCCUGUAUGACGACGGAGCUCUAUUAUUGGUGGCCAUGCAGCAUAUGUCCCCCGAUAUGCGUGACAAUCCAUUGGAUCUGGAUUACCUCGACAUCUUGGCCACUUCAUUGAGAUCCAAUCUCAAUAUGGUCCAGGAGAGUCUCGAGUCGUUAUUGGUUGUAGGCCAGGACCAGGCAGAGCUUGCUGGACCAGAGUAUCAACAGUCGAUCGACGCUGGUAUAGCCCGUGACACGGCCUACAGCAGUGACAUCAACUCGCUUUCCGAUUCAUUCCUAGAAUCCGAGGCCGAUGAUAUUGUUGAUACGGAGCUUGCGCUCAGCAAGCCUCGCGGUCGUCUCUACACAAAUCCGGACUCCAUGUUCUCCAAGGGAUCACAGUCUACGAAUGACAGUUACCGCUCUGAGAGCAAUACGGACAUGCCGAUAACACCCACUUGGUCUGGUCAGGAUGCAUCCAUCGACCCCCUUAUAAGCCCGACUUCGACUGGAGCGCCCGGUCUCAAUAUCGAUGACGAUACAAACUCAAUAUUUGAUGACGAAGUGCCGGGUAUGGUUAGUAAAUCUCCGUCCCGGGGAAACAAGGGCAGCAAGCUCGCCAAGCUGCUCGGGGACGAGGUCCCGCGAGGAGUAGCAGAGAAAAUGAAUGCUAAUGCGAAACCCUGGUAUCUUCGUCCGACGUACGAUUCCAACGAAAUCAUCAUCGAGCCCGAUGGUGCUGUUCGUGCUGGUACCGUCUAUCAACUAGUACAGCGCCUGACAGCCCACGAGCAUGGAGACCCCAAUUUCAAUAAAAUCUUCUUACUAACGUACAAGUCAUUCACUACCCUCGAUGAGCUGUUCGACUUGCUUGUACAGCGCUUCUGGAUACAGCCACCAGAGGAGCUUAAUCCUCGGGAACGCGAGGAAUGGGUCAAACUUAAGCAGAACAUCAUACGGGCGCGCGUCCUGAAUACCUUCAAAUCUAUGAUCACAGAAGAAGGUUUCUUAGAGAAGGAGGACAUGUACAUCCUUGAUCGGAUCAAGAGCUUCGUUUCUGAUCCACGGGUUAUUCAGUACUCGGGAGCAAAGCAGUUACUGAGCUACAUCGAGCGCAUCCAACGGGGAGGCGAACCUACAGUCAAGAUGACGAGUGGUUUCUCGCAGUCCCCUCCGCAGCCGAUUGUGCCCAAGUCGAACAAGAAGCUGAAACUUACCGACAUCCACGCUACGGAGCUAGCCCGUCAGUUGACUAUCCUUGAGAGCAAGAUGUUCAUGAAGAUCAAGGCGAUGGAGUGUCUUCAGCGUUCGCGUUCCAAGAAGAUUGGAGAGCACAAUGACAGUAUAUCGGAAUUCAUCCAGACGUUCAACCGGUUGGCGAAUUGGGUAAAGGAUGCUGUCCUGGCCAAGGAAGAUUCGCGGAAACGAGCCUCUGCUAUCAAGCAUUUCAUCAUUACCGCGGAGCGUUGUCAAUCGAUUCAUAACUUUUCCAGCAUGGCAGCUAUAGUCUCUGGUUUGAAUGCUUCACCUAUCACCCGCCUGAAGCGGACAUGGGAGCAAGUUGGGGCAAAAGCUGUGAACACCCUGCAACAAUGUCAUAUCAGCACGGACAAGAACUACCAGGCAUACCGUGCGACGCUCGCAAAGAUUACCCCACCAUGUGUUCCAUUCUUCGGGAUAUACCUGACGGACUUGACGUUCAUCGGCGACGGCAACGCCGACACGCUCAACGGGAAUAUGGUGAAUUUCCGGAAGCGGCAGCGGGUCGCGGAGAUCAUCCAGGAGAUUAAGCGAUACCAGUCGAUCCCGUACAACUUCCAGCCGGUGCCGGUGAUCCUGGCGUACAUCGAGGAGAACCUGAACCAGUUCACGGCGCCGGUGGACUACGACGAACAGUUCUGGCAGCUGAGUCUCGAGCGCGAGCCGCGAGAGCGGGAGGACGAGAAGAUGGCAAGACUGUUGCAGGAGAGCGGGUUCCUAUGAGCCCCUUACUUCUGGGUGGUUGGAUGGGUGUAUAUAUUGCUGGAUCUUCGGAGGUUUGCGGUUUUCCUUUGCUAUUUUUUCGUGCGUCCUGCUGUGGGGAUGUGCGAAGUUGCUGUAGUACUACUAUUUCGGUUUCCUCCCCUCGCUCCCUCGAUUGGAAGAAGAACACGUUUGCUUAUAAUUCACUGUAUAAUUAGCUUACGGCGGACUAGGCGGGAUCAAUGCGGUUUCAUUUUAUGCAGUAAUAAAUUCGCGAAUAGCGAUCGUCUGCCC